UUGGUCUUGGAUUGUUUGACCAUGGCGGAUCUUAAACGAGAAAUGCCACCUUGGUUUUUCUUCUUUUAGCUAUAUCCGCUCCGCCGUAGAUAUAUAAUUUCUAUAAAUAUGUUUGCGUUUAUAUAUAUAGUCACCGUAAGGAAGAAAAAUUAUCCUCUUUUGUUUUUUUUGUUCUUUGGUGAUUUGUUCGUUUUCUGGCAGAGGAGGGAAGAAGAAGGAGAGAGAACUUAGCGUCGUCGUCUCUGUCUCUCUCUUUCUCUCUUUCUCUUCUCGUGAAAGCUGAAUCAUCUUCGAUUUUCUCGUAAGCCCAUUUUGUAUUUCGUCUGUUUUUCUGGGAAAAUUCUGCUCUUUUUUUUGUGUGUGGGGAACGAUGAAUGUGAUGCGUAGAUUGACGAGUAUUGCCUCUGGACGCAAUUUCCUUUCUUCUGAUAACGUAGGAGAAUCCGAGACGCCGAGAUCGAAGUCUAACCAGAAUCGGGAAGAAAAAGAAGCUACGGAAACGACGACGUACGCAAAAGAUUCUGUUUUAGAGGAGAAUACACGAGACUCUGUCUCUACGACAGAGAAUUCUGAUCAAUUACCCAAGGAAAUCCGCGAGAUGGGAAUCGGUGAUGUCAAGGAUACGGACGGUGGAAUUAUCAAGGGAAAUGGAACAGAAUCUGGUCGGAUUAUUACCACCAAAAAGAAGGGUUUGAAUGAUCAAAGAGACAAGACAAUCUCGUACAGAGCUGAGCAUGUAAUUGGCACUGGCUCAUUCGGUGUUGUCUUUCAGGCGAAGUGCUUAGAGACAGAAGAAAAGGUAGCAAUCAAGAAAGUGUUGCAAGACAAGAGAUACAAAAACAGAGAACUUCAGAUAAUGCGAAUGCUCAAUCAUCCUAAUGUCGUUGAGCUCAAGCAUUCUUUCUUCUCGACCACUGAGAAAGACGAGCUUUACCUUAACCUUGUUCUCGAGUAUGUACCCGAGACUAUUUACCGCGCAUCCAGAUCUUACACCAAGAUGAAUCAUCAUAUGCCCUUGAUUUAUAUCCAGCUCUAUACCUAUCAGAUUUGCCGCGCAAUGAAUUAUCUACAUCGAGCUGUUGGAGUCUGUCACCGUGACAUUAAACCCCAAAAUCUUUUGGUCAAUAACGUUACGCAUGAAGUAAAGAUAUGCGAUUUUGGGAGCGCGAAAAUGCUGAUUCCAGGAGAACCCAAUAUAUCUUACAUAUGCUCAAGAUAUUAUAGAGCUCCAGAACUCAUAUUUGGAGCAACCGAGUACACAAAUGCGAUCGAUAUGUGGUCUGUAGGUUGUGUAAUGGCCGAGCUUUUUCUUGGACAUCCUCUAUUCCCUGGAGAGACCAGUGUUGAUCAAUUGGUGGAGAUCAUUAAGAUUUUGGGGACACCAGCAAGAGAAGAGAUAAAGAACAUGAAUCCUCGUUACAAUGAUUUUAAGUUCCCUCAGAUAAAAGCUCAGCCGUGGCACAAGAUUUUCCGGAGACAGGUAUCUCCAGAAGCAAUGGAUCUUGCCUCCAGACUCCUCCAGUAUUCACCAAACCUGAGAUGCACAGCGCUUGAAGCAUGUGCACACCCGUUCUUCGAUGAUCUGAGAGACCCAAGAGCAUCUUUGCCUAACGGAAGAGCACUUCCUCCAUUGUUUGAUUUCACAGCUCAAGAAUUGUCUGGUGCAUCUGUUGAAUUGCGUCAUCGCUUAAUCCCUGAGCAUGCAAGGAAAUGACUACUUUGGCUAAUGGCUGCUCCUUCUUUACACAGAUGUUGAUAUAUAAAUCUUGUUGGAUUUCGAGAGAUUUCUUGUUCACACGUAUAGCGUUGUUCUGGUUAUGAAACCUCACUGACCUCUGCAACCACAUGGAC